AUGCCAAAAGCAGUAGUUAAGACUAUCGAGUUAAACCACCAGGCUAAGCAUAAAACUUAGUCAUCUCCUGGUAGUAAAUUAAUGUCACCAGUAAGAGAUACUAGAGAUACUACUUCAGGUUUGCAAAGUACGAACUAACAGUCUUAGAAAAUAUAAGAUGCUUUAAAAAAUCAUUCAAGCAUUGGUAGUGUGAAUAACUAUUUGAAUGAAAGCAAAAUAAAUCUAUAAUAAAAACACGCAAACCAUAAGCAAUUAAAUAAAGAAAGAAAAAGUCCGAGGGCAAGCAGGAUAGUUGAUGAGCAUGAGAUUGAUUUGGUGAGGAUAUCGUAAGCGGGUACUGCAAUUAAUGAGUAAAAAUCAUCAGCUUCUAAAAAUCCCAGUAAAAACAAUAGUUAGAUUUUGCAGUAAAUCAGCCAAUCACCUUCAAUCAAUGGCAAUCAACUAAUAUCGAUGCUAUCAUUCUCUCAAACUAAUGCAAGUAGCAGGCAAGAAUAGGCUUCUUAGAGUCUGAUUCCUCACUUUUAAAAUACUACUUCAAAUUUAGGACUAACUGGAGGUCUCGGUGGCUCAAUUCUAGGCUAGAAUAACAACAUUAAUAACACUCUCAACUCAUUUACGUUUAAUCAAAAUAGCAAAACGAUAGAUCAAAUAGUUGAUACAUUCUAUGACUCCCUUGAUAAGCUGUAGAGAUUUGUGAUUUCCAGUCAACUCGAGCUAGAGGAGAAACUUCGAUCUGAAUUUGAUAGGAAACUUUAAAUUUUAGAGCAUAAGUUUAUGGAAAUAGAUAAUUUGCAAACACCACUGAUUGAUGUCAUGUCUGAGAAAAGUAUAGUGUCUCAAGAGUUCAGAGUCCUAGAAAAAUCUGUCGAUAAGAGAAAGAAAGAGGAAUUGAAGAAGUAACAGAUUUAGAAUGCAGUGUUUGGACUAGGAAUGUCUCGAGUUAAUACUAAUAGAGACUAAAGCUAAUCCUUGAAGACCAUUAACAAUCAGCAUAGCUUUAUCAAUAAUGGCAAACAAUAUGGGAAUACAUCACUAAAUAAAAAUCAGAGCAAGAAUCUUUAGAAAAUGAAUAUGGAUGGUAGCAGCUAAUUUAAGAAAGAUACUACUUAGACUGAAGUUUUGACCUAUGCCAAGAGCACCAAAAGUUUUCUCCCGCUAAGCAAAGACUAAAUGCCAUUCAAUGAGUUCAAUAAAUAUGCUAAGCUGAUUAACUAGAAGUCAAGGACUAAGAGAAUGGACACUGGAUUCAGUCCUAGAGUUAACUAAAGCAACUACUACAGUAAUAGUCUCUUGGCAUCGUAAAGCUCAGUCUAGUUGUUUCAUUAGUAUUCUAAGUAAAGUCCCAAAUGUCGAUACAAUAGACAGCAGCAUUCAAACCUUGAAUUCACAGCUGCUUCAAACCACAACAGGCUAAGCAAUUCUAAAAGCACUUCUAAGCAUUAGAUAUCCUAAAUCAGCUAAACUGGAGAUCAGAAAUCAAGAAUUAGCAGACUGGCAUUUACCCAUUAGAGAAAUAUGAGUCAACCAGAGAAUGUAUUUCAGGACUUAAAGAAUGAAGCUGUUUCUGAUGAAAAUAAUAAGCUUGGCUAAACUUAUUAGAAUAACAACAGCCUUGCCAGUUCAAACACAAGCAUGCCCUCUUUCCAGCACAAAUCUAAGGAAAACCUGGAGUAGAAAAAUAAGCUACUUUAGCAAUACAAUUCAGUUGAGACUAAUUAUUAAUCAUGCCAGAAACCUUCUCAAUAGUAAUAGAAUUAGCAAAUUGAAGCAAUGAGUAGCGAUACCUAGUUAGAGAAAGAUUAUCUAAAAGAGAGUUAAGUCUACCUGCAUGCUGUUAAGCAUUCAUUGCCUCAUAGAAAGAUUAACCAUCAUUAAAUGGUUUAGCAGAGAGAAUUAGCAAACAGUGACAUUGGUAUGAUUUAAGAUGAGACUAAUUUACCAGAUGAUUCUCGACAGAUCAUAGAUUAACAAAAGAAUAUAUUUGAUAAGCAUAUGAAAACACGAUAUGAGAACUACCUCAUCAAGAAAAGAGAAAUUACUGUUAGCAACAUUGACUUAAGAGAUUCAUUGACUGUGUACUAAGAAGUAAGAGAUGCAUCAUAAAUUUCUCAGGAUAGGCAUGAUACAUCAAAGUAUAUGACAGUCAUGCAAGACUAAGAGCCUUAAUACGAAAAUCCCAAGGAAGACAAUGCCUAAAGGUAGAUCUAGAAUUUCUUGCUAGAUCUGAAUAAAAAUGAUGAUCUUGGAUUUUACUAGUCAGAAUCAAAUAGUCUUAGGCAUUCACAGAUAAGCAUUCAGGAUAAUACCAAAGAUGAUAUUGGCACUAAAAAUAGUGCUAGAUAAUAAGUAGAAGUGAAGGCUAUUGACUUUAUCUCAUUUAACAAGAAUGAUAUAUUUAUUGAUGAAUGA